UUCUCAACGGCUGUACACUUCAGGAGUCCUUUUUGGCAGCCAACUGUUACCAGGGCCGUGUGCAAAGGGAAGACCGAAGCAUGACCUGUAGGGCAGUCCUCAGAGAGAAGCAAGACCCUCUCUUCUCCCCUUGUGCGUACCCAGCAAGUUCAUUUCACAAGCCAGUUCACAACCACCACCUGCAUAAUGCACAUUUUCACACUUUGCAGAAAACUGCAAGGCUGAAAGCUUUCAGGAAUGUGCUGGAGCACAUCUGCUGAGGAGGAAAAGCAGUAUGUCUUGUUGGGUUAGUCUACAUGGGAUAUACAGGAGUGUUGAGCACCUGAAAUCUGCAAUUUUCCUCAGAGACGCAGAGAUGUACAUCUGUCUGUACUCCAUUAGUUGCCUUGGCAGCAGCUCCCAAUCUAUGAUGAUGAACUAAGGCACCUCUGAUUUCCAUGAAAUCCUUCUGUGGUUCUUGAGCUCGGCAAGCACCUUUUGAGGUUUUGCAAAAAUGAGUAAGAAUAUUAAGGAACUAAGAGAAGCACUACAAAGACAGUCACAAGAGACCUUAAAGCUCCAGGAGGAAGCAAACAAGUUCUCAGUAGAAGCCAUCACACAUCGAGAAGGAGCUGGUUCUCCUUGUAAACUUGCAACUUCAAGCUACAGAACAACAUGAGCAACAGAAAUUCAGUUUAAGACAAACAAUACUCGAGUUGCAGGCAAACCUUCGGGAAGCGAACAGAGAGAAAGAGUCGAUUGCUGAUCUCAGACGAAAGGAGUCCCGUACCCAAGAAGAUCUCAACUGCCAGAUGAAGACUACAGUUAAUGAACUGCAAACAGCCAACCAGCUUCAAGAGGAAAUGUUGAAGGAGGCCAACAACCAAAUAGAACAUCUGAAGACGAUGGUACAGGGUCACGAAGAUGUGUUCAAAGAACUCCGGAAUGCCCUACUGAAGUAUGAAGAGGACAUGAGCAAGAAAGUCUAUGAACAUGAGAGCAUUGCUAAUCUCCACAUUUGUAACCUGCCCACUGCUUUCAGCAAAGUUCUGCGAGACCUAGAAUCUGAGGUGUUGCGCCUCAGAGGAAGGACUGCCCCACUUGAAGAACAACUGGAACAAAUGAAGAGAGAGUCCCAGUCCAAAACUGAAAUUUUGCUUCAACAGCAUCAUGAGAGUAUUGAGAGGCUGAUCAGUGAACAUGAAAGGGAAUUGGAAGCACUGAGUGAGAAUGCUACUGCUUCCCACAGCCAUGCAAGCAAUAUCCAAAGCCAGCUGGAAAUUGUGCAAGAACAAGCAAGAAAUCAAAAUUCAUUGUAUAUGCGCCAGAUCAAUCAGCUGGAAAGCACUGUGUCUCAGUUACGUUCUGAGCUGCGAGAAUCAAGGAGAACAUCUCAGGACAAGAUAGAAGAUCUUGAGAAACAGCUGCAUCUGGUUCACUCUGAAAUGGCAGAGGCUCAAAGUGAAAGGGAUCAGUACAGCCAGGAAACCGGAAACUUAGAUGAUCAGGUUCAGGAGUUAAAGUGUGAGCUGCACAGGAAGGAUAUGGAGCUCACUCUAGAAAAAGAGCAGAAUAAACGGCUCUGGGAUCGAGACACAGGCAGCAGCAUCACCAUUGAUCAUUUGCGGAGAGAACUUGACAACAAGAACAUGGAACUGCAGCGCAUGGAUUCCUUAGUGAAGUCCAUGAAGAUGGAAAGCCAGGAACAAAUGGAACGACAGAUGUCUGCCAUUAAAGAAAAGAACGAAAGUAUAGAGAAAGUGGCCUCCAUGACUGCCCAACAGGAGUCAACCAAAGAAAUGCUCCGCAACGUUGUAGAAGAAUUGACAGAAAAAAAGAUAAGCUUAGAGGCAGCAGAGAGACAAGUGUCUGAGCUGACAUUGUGCCUGCAAGAGAAGGAAUCAGUGAUUGAGAUGACAAAUGAGGAAAUCCAGAAGCUUCGUGGGCGAGUGGAUGGCAAAUUACAUGAGCUCCAACAACUGAAAAAUGAAGGUGAUCACCUACGGAGUGUGCAGUCAGAGUGUGAAUCCUUGAAGGUGCAGCUGAUGGAGAAGGAAAAGGUGGUUGAGAUCCUACGGAAGCAAAUCGAGAAUAUGACCCAGAUCAUAGGCCAGCAUAGCCGGGCAUCUGGUGCAAUGGAGGUAGAAAAUGCUCAGCUUUUGAAAGAGGUCAAUGACAAGAAACUGGAAAUCCAAGAAUUUAAGAUUUUGCAGGACAAGAAAGACUGCCACCUCCGUGAAUUGGAAGCCAGCCUAAGUGAGAUGGAAUUGGAAAGGGUGAAACUGAUGAAUACAAACUCUGAGAGGCUCCGAGUACUGAAAGAGAUGACACUGGAAAGAGAGGAGCUUGUUAAUGAAGUAAAAAUUAGUCGCUUUGAGCUUGCUACCCUUGCAGAGGAAUCUGAAGUUAUAAAAAGUGACUUCCGAGAAAAAAGUGAAGAGAUGGAAGCUGCAGUGAACAAACUGAAGUUACAACUGAAAUCGGCUCAGAUUGAACUGGAACAAACAAGGGCCACCUUAAAGACUAUGGAGGGGUCUGAUGGCCAUGCCAUGAAAGUUGCAAUGGGGAUGCAGAAGCAAAUCACAGCCAAGCGAGGUCAGAUAGAUGCUUUGCAGAGCAAGAUUAAGUUCUUGGAGGAAGCGAUGACCACGGCAACUAAGGAGAAGCACUAUCUGAAAGAAGAGAGAAAUAAGCUAAACCAGGAACUUACCUGUAUGGCUGCUUUAAACACAAAAAUGGCCAGUGAGCUGGAAAUUCUAAAGUCACAGGAUAAACGUUUGAAAGAAAAACUUGCCACCAUGGAAGCAGCACUGGAUAAGGCUUCUCUGCAGUUUGCAGAAUGUCAAUGCAUUAUGCAGCAGCAGGAACAGGAAGCUAUGCGCUUCAAGCUUCAGCACGCUUUGGAUGUAAAAGAAUUGCAGGGUCCAGGAUAUACAUUGAGCUCCUCUUUGAUGAAGCAGCGGCAUUCCACAUUGCCACACUCCCACCCCUCUAGUGCCCCAGCAUCCCAAGCCUUUGCAGGCCACAUCUCUCUGAUACCAUCCAGAUCUAGUUCAGCAAAGGAAGAUCCAUUACGAGAUUUAAAGCUACUUCUUCAAGAAUUACGAAGUACAAUUGAUGAAAUCCCCUCUUCAAUUCUCCCCAGGAGAGAAUAUGACAGUGAUACUGACUCAAUUACAGAAGGUGUUAUCAAUGCAUUAGACCUUGCAAACAGAGAAUGCAUUGGCAGAAGAAGACAUGAAACCUACAGCAGGGAGGCUGCAGUCAGAGAUUUACCCACAGAUGUUACCCUGGGGCAAGAUGCUUUCAGCAGGGAGCCUUUAACGUUACACACUGCAGACCUUGAAGACCCAAUCCUCUCACUUGCCUCCAGCACACCUCAAGCGAUCUUCAGUUCUACUCCGCGGUAUACCUCUUCAAAAAAUCUGUCCCCAGAGGAGAGGUACAAAGACAGGUCUCCUGUGCAUUCUUUGCUAACUGCACCACUGGAUGACCUUAAGGCUUCUUCUGCACCCUCUUUGGAACGUCGAUCCAGUCUGAAGAAGAGCAACUCCCCUGAAGCCACAACCUCAGCUGCUUCUAAAAAUAUCUCAUUCAGCACUGGUUCUUCCAUGCAGAUAGAGGAAGCCAAUGGAAGUACAUGCAGGAAGCUACAGAACAAGAUGGAGAGUUUGCAAAACCUUGUGGAAACGCUGCAGUUGAAAAACCAAGCAAUGUCUACAAUGAUCAGAUGCCAGGAAAAGAAGAUUGAGAAAGCAAAGGAGAAGGAGAAGAAGCUGUCCAAAUGAAAUGUAGUGCCAUUUUCAAUGUAUCUCGAUUGCACUCUGUUGAAUGGCAGGUUGAACGCCUGCUGCUUAUUUUAAUAAUAAAAGCUAACAUAGUUUUGUAA